GAAGCAGAGCGCCGGCGUCGCACAGCGACAGAGCGGCGAUACAGCAGCGCCGGCGUCGCACAGCGACAGAGCGGCGAUACACAGCGCCGAUAGAAUAGCACCGUUAGGAAUUUACGUCCCGUUAAUGAUAUUAUGUUUGUAAUGUUAAGAAUUUCCACGUGAUAGAAAAUAAGCAGCAAUUAAAUAAAGUACUAUUUGCAAAGGCCCCACAAUAUAAAUUUAUUGUAACGGACCCUGGGCACGGCGAGUAUACCCCAGCAUAGAAAACAGAAGCAUCGGGGCCUUAACAGGAAAACGCUUCGUUACACCAGUAUGGAUUAAAUUGUCAAUGACGGAGGAGGAGAAUAAACGAGCCAAAAUGUGGUUUUACAGGAGAACGCAAUUCCCUGGCGUUAUUAUGUGUGUGGACGGCACGCACAUUAAAAUACUUCCUCCUGCAGACGAACCGUAUUUGUAUUACAUUCGUAAGGGAUACUACAGCCUAAAUGCAAUGGUGAUUUGCGAUAACAAGAUGCAAAUAAGGUGUGUUGAUGCUCGGUUUCCAGGCAGUAGCCACGACUCACAUGUGUGGAAUGUAAGCACUGCAAAAACCUAUUUUGAAGAAAGAUACCGGCAAGGAGACAAAACAACUUGGAUAUUAUGCGAUGCUGAAUAUCCAUUACAGCCGUGGUUAAUUACACCAUUCUGUUGUCCUGUGGCAGGAAGUCGAGAAAGCGCCUUCAAUAAAACGCACAGUAAAGCGCGAAACAUAGUCAAGAGAGUUAUCGGCAUUUUGAAAAAUAGAUUUCGAUGCCUGCUAAGUGCUCGCCAACUACAUUAUUCGCCCCAAAAAGUGGUACAAAUAAUUAAUGUGGUAUGCGCAUUGCAUAACAUGUGCAUCCACUAUAACGUAGAAGAUAAUACACCUGAUAUUAUGGAUGAUGAAUAUCAAGAUGUAAAUGAAGAGGAAGCGCCAUCAGAAUUUUCCAGAGAAGCGUCAGACAUAAGAAUGCGAAUUUUGAGAUCAUUACCUAACUAA